UUUAUUUAUUAUUGUAUGGGAAAGGAACGGCGCGACGGCCUAAGAGCGAAAUUUCGUGAGCGCACAUUGUACUUUGUCUCAAUGUGUGCUCGCGACACCAUUUUGGAUGAGUAUUUUAUAUAUAUAACAAAUCAUAGUGUGAGAUUAGUGAUAAACUCUGAGAAUGCCGGUAUCAUUUCAUAUAGGAAGGUCAUAAUAUAUAUCCUGGUUGAUGCAAAUUAAUAAAACUUGAGAAUAUACUUAAAAAUAAAGUUAGGAAUAUUGUAAAAUUUUUAGAUGCAAUGGCUCCCAGAAUUGGACUUGAAUCUUCCUUUUUCUUAAGAUUGCUCAAUUUUUACAAUGAAUUUCUCGAUUGGCUUUGGAUUGAUGAAACUUAUUUUCGAACUCAAAAAACUCGAAGAAUAUUAGACGAGGCAAAAGAAGGGGCAGUUCUUUUUUCGUUUGGUUCUCUUACGGAUACAACAAAACUUAAUGAACGGAUGAUGAAAUCUAUUAUUGGGGCAUUUCGACGAUUUCCUAAAAUUCAUUUUAUUUGGAAAGUUGAUAAUGAAACAGUGAAUAAUAAUUUAAAAAUGUUUGAAUCUGCACCGAAUGUUCAUAAUUUUCAGUGGUUGAGGCAACCUGCAAUUCUGGCACAUCCAAACACUCGCGCAUUUAUCACACAUUGCGGCCAGAACAGUUUGACUGAGUCAGCACGGGCAGGCGUUCCUAUUAUUGGGAUUCCUCUUUUUGGAGAUCAAUUUUACAAUUGUAUUGUUGGAGAAACAAGAGGUUUGGGAGUUCAAGUAGAUGUAUCUCACUUGAAAGGAGGCAGCGGUAAAAAUGUUUUGGGAGAGGCAUUGGAAAGGAUUCUCUACCAACCUAAAUAUCAACAAAACGCCAAAAUAAUAUCCAAAAAAUUAAACUUAACUCCAUUCAGCCCAACAGAAAGACUUGCAAAAUGGGUUGAAUUUGCUGCAGAAUUUGGAGAUUUGCCAGAACUUAAUUUACCUGGAGAAAAGGAAAUGAAUUGGUUUGUUUAUUAUUCACUUGAUGUUAUUCUCUUCUCUAUAAUUGUUUUGGUUAUUUUGUUUUGGGUGACAUUUAAAUGUUUUAAAUGGAUAUUAUUUUUAAUUAUUAAUUCUUGGUCUACAAAAAUUAAGGAUGAAGAAAGGAAGCAAAAAUGA